AGGGCACCCAGCACAGUGCAGGGCACACCGUUGCACGCAGGGUGCUGGGCGCAGGGUGCACAGCAGGCGGCUCCAUGCAGGGUGCGGGGCACAGCCGGGUGCAGGGGGCAUGCAGGGUGCAGAGCGCAGGGUGCACAGCACAGUGCAGAGCUCACAGCUGCACGCAGGGUGCGGGGCGCAGGGUGCACAGCAGGCAGCUGCAUGCAGGGUGCAGGGCACAACUGGGUGCUGGGCGCAGGGUGCAUGGCACAGGUGCAUACGGGGUGCAGGACACAACGGGGUGCAGGGUGCAGCGUGCGUGAGUGCAGGUGGGGUGCAUGGUGAAGGGUGCAGGGUGCAGGGCACGUGGCUUUGUGCAGGCUGCAGGCCCACGGCGGGGUGCAGGGUGCAGAGCAGAGCUGUGGGACAGCCCCGCCACGGGGCUGUAUGGUAUGGUACGGCUCCUGCCGCCUGUAAGGUCUGGUGUGGCCACCUCAGAGGUCAGGCACGGCCACGGCUCGGGGCACAGCCUCAGACCCGAGGCAUGGAAGCCACAAGCUCCGCGGGGGCCAUCCCGCGUCACGAUGCGCAGCGAGCUGGGAAGGUGGCUGCAAGGACACAAGGAGCUCCCCGGGAGCCCCUGGGAGCACUCAGAGCCAGGAGGUCUCCUGGGGAAGUGUCCCCGUGGGCUCUGCGCAGCCCUGCAUCGCCUGCGGAGGAGGAGCAGAGACCUCGCCAGCGUACGGGGCUGGGGCUGAAAACCAGCGACCCGAGCACCAGGGUGGGGAGGACCAGAGGCAGCGUUUCUGGGGUGUCCGCGGGCUGCAUCCUCUGGAAGAGGCCCGGGGGCAAAGGCAGGCAGCGCGCCAGCAGCCGGCAGCGUGGUGCAGUGCUGUUUUGGCAUGGCCAGGAGCAGCAGAAGCCAGGUGAAGGCACCGAGGUGGGGCCUUGGGGUAUCUCGCUGAGCCGAUGUCCCGUGGGAGCAUGGCGGGGGGGGCACCCACAGAGGCUGGCGUGGCUCAGUGCCCACAGCAGAGCAGGGAGCGGACGGCCUGCUGUGAAAGGUCAGGCAGCAAAAUGAAGCUCAUCAUUAUGAGCUCCCCGUUUGCAUGAUGCAUAAAACCCACCUCAGCUCCAUUAAGCCAUGAGCAGAAACUGGGGCCACUGGGGCCUCCCGUCUGUCCCUCGUGGCCAAAGGGCUGCCCCGGGACACCACGGCUGGGACUGUGCUCGAAGUGCCAUGGCUUGGCUGAGUGAGAGGCUUCCAGCUAGGGGAGAAUUCCCUCCUGGAGACCCCGAGCAACAUCAGCUCCAUCUUUUGGAGAAGGAAAUGGUAGAACUGAGCUGUUGAGGAAGGCACGGCUGGGAGGUGCAGCCCUGCCUGCUGCAGUGCCCUGGGACCGGGGAGGCAGGAGGAUGGAUGCAGAUCAUCUGUGCACCGGUGGGAUCGCCCAAAUGCACCAUCAGCUGGGCCAGGGUUUGGGGAGCACAGUGGUGUCUGACCCCUCUGGGGCCACCACACUCACUGCCAUCCCGACUGCCCCUGUGGCUCAGCCACAAAGCCCCAGGAGCCACGGGGACGGGGAGCCGAGGCAGGACGGAGCUCCAGCUGCAUCGAGAAGGAAAAUGCAGCAGAUCUUGGCCGUGAUGCCCGUGUCUGCGGCUCGCUUUCUGCUCAAACGAGUGCGAUUUGAAUGUGACAUUCACCCUGUCAUCAGCCGGCUUUGUAGCCUGCUUUGGCAGCGACAGCAGAAGGAGGAAACCCAAGCACACUGCCCGAUGCGGGGCCGAGCCGGCUGCUGGCUCUCCUGCUCCCCAGGACCUGCUGCUGCCUCCAGACACAGCCAGGGCGGCACCGCCGGGGCUGGGCGCGGGCCUUUGGAGGCAGCGAUAACCCAGCUGGCAGGAUUCGUGGGAGCGCAUUUGAAUUAUAAGGCGCAAAGCCCUUCGCUUUGGGUAAAACUGUAAUUAACGUGAAAUCAAGAUAUA